UUUUCUCUUUCAGCGUUUUUAACAAUUUACCGGAACUUACACGGAAAUGUUUUCUGAAAGCUUACAAACGUUCGCACAUUAUGCAGAUAUCGAUCAAAACAUUAAAAAACAACAACACUAUUUUCAUUAAUUUUUUUUAUGUUGCAUUAAGCUGCAAAUGUCAAAUACAGGACAUUAAUUUACCUGUCGGUCAUCUUUUUUUUUUUUUUUUAAUCAACUUUAAACGACCGAUCACUAUGGAAACGAGCGCCACCGUGGUAGGCGCACCCCUUUGUGGACGUCACCUUGCAGGGCGGUGCACUUCCUGGUUUCCGUUGUGUUGUGCUUUCUAGGCUACUGAUUGAUUAGAGGAAUGAUACAUUUACCUCUGCGGCGACACUUGGUCGGACCGAUUCGUUUAGCGUUUACUCUUCUCGGACUCCCGCAUACCGUCUGGACCUCCGGAGUAAGGCCAGCUGUUUCCUGCCCUUCUUCUUACCCCUUCCCAACCAGUAAAACCAUCAGCGCUGUCAACACUAGUUACUGCCGCCGGUCCUCGACCAUGCCAUCUUCAGCAGGGCCUCAUGUAAAGUCCAGAUGCCCACAGUAUCCAGGGUCCAAUAUCAAGCGCUUGUCUGUGCCUGAUGACAAGGUGGACUGGACUCAGAAGUGGCCCGAGUAUGAGCCAGUCAGCUACACGGCCCCUUCAGUUUUAAAUAACCCAGCCUGGGCGGAUCCUGAUAUUGGCUCCUUCUCUCCAAAGUUUAACACUGUGGAUGGUGGUGUGGACAGGACGAGCUUUGAGGGAAGCUACAAAGUGGAAAAUGGAAAACCGCUAAAUCCUUGUGGACGCACAGGGUUGGCAGGCAGAGGGUUGCUAGGACGAUGGGGACCCAACCAUGCAGCAGAUCCAAUAGUCACCAGAUGGAAGGUAGAUGUCAAAGGGGCAAAGGUUCAUCACUCAGACUCCAAAAAGCCUGUUCUGCAGUUUGUGUCAAUCAUGAGGAAGGACUGUGGGGAGUGGGCCAUCCCUGGGGGCAUGGUAGAUCCAGGCGAGCAGGUUUCUCUCACACUGCAGCGCGAGUUCUCAGAAGAAGCAUUGAACUCGCUCUCUAGUUCCCCGGCAGAGAGAGCGAAAACCCAUCAGCGCAUCACUAAUCUCUUCAAAUCGUCAGGAUUUAUGGUCUACAAGGGCUAUGUCGAUGAUCCCAGAAACACUGACAAUUCCUGGAUGGAGACGGUUGCUGUCAACUUUCACGAUGACUUAGGUAACAGCGUGAGCGAGCUGCCACUGGAAGCCGGUGAUGACGCCGGACAAGUCCAGUGGGUUGACCUUGACUCGUCUUUCCCCCUCUAUGCGAAUCACUCCCAUUUCCUGGAGAUUGUUGCCAAAGAGAGGAAGGCACACUGGUAGCCAAAAACCAAAGAAUGCUUUAACACAGAAGGAAACUUAAGAGCCUUACUGCCCCUUGGUGUGCUGAGAGGGCUCAUCAGCUGAAGUAGCAUGGCAUUUUAUGUAAACCUAUUCACACUGAUUGAUGAAUGAAACCCUAACACAUAUUAAUUUAUAUUAAAACUCAUAUAGAUGUACUCUGCAGUUUAAAAGAACCUACUAAGCAUGCUGCUUGAGAUAAUAAAAGAGAACUAUUGUACAUUUAGAUUAAACCCUUUGACUGACUGCUUGCAAGAUAGUAAAGACAAGCCUGUAAGAGCAAGAGUAAGCACAGAUUAUGCUAAUGUAUUCAAUGCUAACACGUAUCGCAUUAACCAAACACAAUGAUCUGCUGAACAUAACAGUGCCACUAAAUGAAUGGAAGUGUGACAAGGGGAGAAAUCAGAAUAAAGAAGUGGAAUCUGGCUUUGAUCUUUACAUGUGAAGAGGAUAUGAUGAUGGUGAUGUGCAGGAGCAGACAUGGUUUCGAGUGGCAACAGACGGUGGAUGCAAAACAGCAUUUUGCAAUCAGCAGGCUGCCUUUCCAAAUGUAGACAUCAAAACGUGUCAUCUGACAGGUCGGGAUGCUUAUCAGGGAGGCAGUGAUGAAUUAUGCAUUGAAAGAACUUAAAAAUCUGUGUGAGACAAACACUAACACCUCUGUUAUUUAAAGGUACUCAAGAAUGGAGGGUGCCAAAAUGAAUCAAAUAAAUACAUCAGUAAUUAUGUCAACAAUGGGUUCAAAUUGGAAAUACAUUAAUUCUUUUUAUUACAUGUUUUAAAUGAAAGAAACUGUCUUUUAAAUGAGUAUUUUGUAAUAACUUUAUUAUUUUCAAUUUCAAUGAAUUAAUGACAAAUGUCAUUAAUUAUUUAAUCAUCUUAUUUAUCUCAUUCUUUUUGGCCCUCAUGGCCCUCUAUUCUCAACAAACAAAAAUAAUGUUUCAUAAAAUCCCGUUAGGAGUGGCAGCUGCUUUGUCUUCAGAAUGAUUUUCCAUAUUUCACAAGGUAUGAUAUGAUUUCUUUUUCCUCUGUGUACCAAAACUGGUGAGGACAUCAGUUGGGCUUAUCAAGCCUUAACCUUAAUCAAAUUAGGGCCCCAAGAGUUCCAGGAGGCACCACAAAUCCUAUAAACCUGUUUUAUAUGCUUUGCGACCAUAACCUUACCCAUGUCUGGGCCGAUUCUGCUGUUUAAAUUUCACUUUACUGAGCAUAUGAUGAACUAUAGGCCUAAAAUUAUAUAGAAAUGCAAGUUCAGUUCAAGAAGAUUCACAGUGCACACAGGCCGCUUUCCAGUAAUACAGGAGCUUUUACAGCAGGAGCACUAAUUACAUUUGAUGUUGUGGUAAAGGAGAGUAUUUCUCAUAUUGAUUUGCCCAGUUGCUCUCUCAAAAGUGGCGACAUUCCUCCCAGUCUUUGGCUUUAAAGCUCUGGUUUUGUCUUGUGGUAAGUAAAAGGCAGGAUUACAGAACUUUGGCACUAAAAUUCUGCACAAUCACUUUAAUUAUUGGUAUCAUUAAUUGCUCGUCUUAAAGCGUUACAGGUUCUGUAAA